CCUCGCCGUCGUCCUCUCCCAGUUCCACCCCGCCGCGCCGCGCCGCGGAUUCCUCCUCCUCGUGGCAACUGGCAAAGGCAAUCCUCCCUCCUCCUCCUCCUCCUCCCCGGAUUUGAGUUGAGGCAGGCAGCUACUUGCUCCCCUCUCCACCUGCUCCCAUUUCUUUCUUUCGUUUUCUGUCCAAUUAAAUAAUUAAUUAAAGCAAGUUGCGAGAGGUGGCGUUUGGUGAGCGCGUGCUCGGCCCCGUCGGCCGAGUCUCGGGAGAAAUCCAUCCAUCCCUGCAAGGGGGAUCCAGUCCGCCGCACCCACCCAGACCCAGGCUCCAACCCAACUCCCCCUAAUCCGCCAUUGAUCUUCUUCUCUCCUCACUCCCCAAAGCCCCGCAACCAGCAAUAAAGCCAAAGCCGACGCCUUUUUCUUGAAUCCAAUUCCUUCCGCCAAGUCAAGGGAUUCAUUCAUUGAUUGCUUCCUUGGAGAAGACAUCAGAAAUGUGCCCGCUGCGGGUCAUCCUCAUCUUCCUCUCCGCCACCAUCGCCGGAUUCUUCCUCAUCCGGGGGCUCAACGCCGAGCCUGACCAAUUCGACGCCGACGCCGACGACAAGACCUCCGAGUCGGGAUCCCCCAGGGCGCCCGUACCCCUCCAUUCCAAGGUUGGAUCGGCUGUGAAAACUGGAUUCUGGACUAUGGUGGAUAUGGCAAGCGGUCGGUGGCUCUGGCGCACCCUUGUUGCCCAAACGGCAAAAUCGGAGUCAGAAAAGGCUCGGUGACAAAAGUUCAUAAUUUAUUCUGUAUUUUGCUGAUUGAGUGCCUACAGAAGCAAAGAUGGGCAUUAUCAUGUUGUUCCUACAUGUUGGUGUUGAUGUGUAGUACGGUGGCAAAUGUACACGGUUGGGGAUUAUAUGCUAAGUAAAUGUGCAGAAUCGUUCAUGUCUGAGCAUAUUGAGUUGUAGGAUAGUGCAAGUGGGUGCAAUGGUAGGAGUAUGGACUUUUGGACAUGACCUUUGGGCUGACACACCAAGUCAAACACUAUGCUUGCCUUAAAUUCAAAGUUUCCAACACAA